AUGGCAGAGUUCCAAGGACUGAACUCUUUACCUCACUCUUUCGCUGGACCUCUUGAACUGUUGACAACAGAACUUCCAGCUAUCGCAACACUUGAGUGGUGUGGCGAAGACAUUCAUAUGGAUGAAGUGGCAGUUGCAAGUGGUGACUUGCACUGGGAUGCUCUUCUGAAAGCAAACUUUGAAGCUGCUCCUCUUAGUAUACCCAUAAUUGCUUUAUCGUUCGUUUAUCAGAAUGUAGUGCCUGUUAUUUGUACGAAUCUUGAAGGAAACCUGUCAAAAGUAAGGACUGCAAUUGUUCUAGGCACGGCUAUUCCCCUUGCUCUGUUUCUUGUCUGGGAUGCUGUUAUUCUCGGGUCACUCACAAACCUUGAAACAAGUUCAGAUAAGAUUGCUGACCCACUACAACAAUUGCGGUCUACAAAUGGAGUUGUUGGGUCAAUUGUGGAUGUAUUUUCACUUCUCGCUAUUGGAACUUCUUAUAUCGGCUUUGUUCUGGGCCUUUCCGACUUCCUUACUGACUUGCUGAAAAUCCCAUCUGGACAUAGCAGGCCUCUGACAUACCUACUGACUCUAAUUCCACCAUUGGUCUUAUCAUUGCUAGAUCCAGAGAUUUUCUUCAAAGCAUUGGAUUUUGCUGGAACCUAUGGAGUUUUGGUGCUGUUUGGAGUUCUUCCUGCUGCAAUGUCUUGGUCAGAUCGGUACUCAGAUUCAUCCGCCGAGUCUCUGAAACUACCCCAGUUGGUUCCUGGAGGAAGGCUCACCCUUUCUCUUGUUAUGGGAGGUGCAGGAUAUGUAAUUCUUUCGGAAAUAAUUGAGAACUUUGGGCAUGCGUAA